AUGGCUUCGCUGUACCAGAGGUUCACGGGCAAGAUCAACACCUCGCGGUCGUUCCCGGCGCCCCCGGAGGCGAGCCACCUCCUGGGCGGCCAGGGGCCCGAGGAAGACGGCGCGGGGCCCAAGCCCCUCGGAGCCCAAGCGCCGGCGGCGGCGCCCCGGGAGCGCGGCGGCGGCGGCGCGGGUGGCCGGCCCCGGUUCCAGUACCAGGCGCGGAGCGACUGUGACGACGAGGACGAGCUGGUGGGGAGCAAUCCUCCACAAAGAAACUGGAAAGGAAUCGCGAUCGCUCUCCUUGUGAUUCUGGUCAUCUGCUCCCUGAUUGUCACCUCGGUCAUACUGCUGACACCAGCGGAAGAUAACAGUCUGUCUCAAAAGAAGAAGGUCACCGUGGAAGAUCUCUUCAGCGAGGAUUUCAGAAUUCACGAUCCUGAAGCCAAGUGGAUAAGCGAUAAAGAAUUCAUCUACAGAGAACAGAAAGGGAAUGUGAUACUACGGAAUGUUGAAACAAAUAUGUCUACAGUGUUAAUAGAAGGCAAAAAAAUUGAAUCAUUAAGAGCCAUCAGAUAUGAAAUCUCUCCAGAUAAAGAGUAUGCUCUUUUUUCCUAUAACGUGGAACCAAUAUAUCAACACUCCUAUACUGGAUAUUAUGUCCUGAGCAAAAUUCCUCAUGGGGACCCUCAAAGUCUAGAUCCACCAGAAGUCAGCAAUGCAAAACUUCAGUAUGCAGGAUGGGGCCCCAAAGGCCAGCAGCUGAUAUUUAUCUUCGAAAACAAUAUCUACUACUGUGCACACGUCGGGAAGCAGGCCAUCCGCGUGGUCUCCACUGGGAAGGAAGGCGUGAUUUACAAUGGCCUUAGUGACUGGCUGUACGAAGAGGAGAUUUUGAAGACCCACAUUGCCCACUGGUGGUCUCCUGAUGGCACAAGGCUGGCCUACGCCACCAUCAACGACUCACGCGUGCCCGUCAUGGAGCUCCCAACCUAUACCGGCUCCAUCUACCCCACCGUGAAGCCCUACCACUACCCCAAGGCUGGAUGUGAAAACCCCAGUAUUUCCCUCCACGUCAUUGGCCUAAAUGGACCCACCCAUGAUCUGGAGAUGAUGCCACCUGACGACCCACGAAUGAGGGAGUACUACGUCACCAUGGUGAAAUGGGCCACCAGCACCAAGGUCGCCGUGAACUGGUUGAGCCGGGCACAGAACGUGUCCAUCCUCACCCUCUGCGACGCCACCACUGGGGUCUGCACAAAGAAACAUGAGGAUGAAAGUGAAGCCUGGCUCCACAGACAGAAUGAAGAACCGGUGUUCUCCCAGGACGGCCGGAAGUUCUUCUUCGUCAGAGCAAUCCCGCAGGGAGGCCAAGGGAAAUUUUAUCAUAUCACCGUGUCUUCGUCCCAGCCCAACAGCAGCAAUGACAACAUACAGUCCAUCACCUCUGGGGACUGGGACGUGACCAAGAUCCUGUCCUACGAUGAGAAGCGGAAUAAGAUCUACUUCCUCAGCACGGAAGACCUACCGAGGAGACGCCAGCUCUACAGUGCCAGCACCGUGGGCAACUUCAACAGGCAGUGCCUGUCCUGCGACCUGGUGGACAACUGCACCUACUUCAGUGCCUCCUUCAGCCACAGCAUGGACUUCUUCCUGCUCAAGUGCGAAGGUCCUGGAGUCCCCACGGUGACCGUGCACAACACCACAGACAAGAAAAAAAUUUUUGACCUAGAAACAAACGAACACGUACAGAAGGCCGUAAAUGACAGACAGAUGCCUAAAGUGGAGUACAGGAAAAUCGAGAUUGACGAUUAUAACUUGCCCGUUCAGAUCCUCAAGCCAGCUACCUUCACCGACACUGCCCACUACCCCUUGCUCCUGGUGGUGGAUGGCACCCCAGGGAGCCAGAGCGUGGCGGAGAAGUUUGAGGUGACCUGGGAAACGGUGAUGGUGAGCAGCCAUGGAGCCGUGGUGGUGAAAUGUGACGGCCGAGGCAGUGGCUUCCAAGGAACUAAGCUCCUGCAUGAAGUGAGGAGAAGGCUGGGCUCCCUGGAGGAGAAGGACCAGAUGGAGGCUGUGCGGACGAUGCUGAAAGAGCAGUACAUCGACAAGACGCGUGUGGCCGUGUUUGGGAAGGAUUAUGGCGGGUACCUGAGCACUUACAUCCUCCCAGCAAAGGGUGAAAACCAAGGUCAGAUUUUCACCUGCGGCUCUGCCCUGUCUCCAAUAACAGACUUCAAGCUCUACGCAUCUGCAUUUUCCGAGAGGUACUUGGGCCUCCACGGACUUGACAACAGAGCAUACGAGAUGACCAAGGUGGCCCAUCGCGUGUCAGCGCUGGAGGAACAGCAGUUUCUGAUCAUUCACGCAACCGCUGAUGAAAAAAUCCAUUUCCAGCACACCGCAGAACUCAUCACACAACUAAUUAAGGGAAAGGCUAAUUACAGCUUGCAGAUUUACCCGGAUGAAAGCCAUUACUUUAACAGCGCCUCCCUCAAACAGCACCUCUACCGUUCCAUCAUCAACUUCUUUGUGGAAUGCUUCAGGAUUCAGGACAAACUCCCGACAGCCACAGCAAAAGAGGAGGAGGAGGAGGACUGA